AUGUCUGCUCGAACAAGGUCAGGUCGACCCCGGAAACAAUCUGAUACGCGUCGGGCUCAGGUCCGCGAUGCACAAAGGGCCUAUCGAUCGCGCCAACAAUCACAACUAUCGUCCUUGAAAGCCCGCGUCGAGCAAUUAGAGAAUGCAUUUGCAUCUAUGGGUCAAACGAUACACGCAUUUGAUGACCAGGUCGUACAAAGUGCCUCGCAGUGGUCUCAACUCCGACUCUUCCAUGCAGUCCAACUACUCCGGAACGAGAUAGUAUCCCAGUUUAAAAAGGCAGACGUUUACUUUCAAGACACGGCACCCAGCUCGGGUCUCGAAUUGUCUCAGAUCAAAGAUUUCAACCCGGGGCAAUACGUAUCAGAGACACCGGCCAACCCUCAGCCCCCAUCACAGACCAACUUCUGGGAUUGCUUUCUUAACUCAUCAUCAGCAAUGAUCCCAUCUGCAAACACUCUAUUGCAAAAUGAUCCAUCGGAUGCUUUACUCUCCAGAUCAUUAUCUCCUCCCAUUGCUGACGCCCCCACGAUUCAAUAUGCCACUACGCCCUUUACCCAGCGACUCUUCAGAGUUGUUGCGGAAAGUGGCUAUCGUUUCCUAUCAAACCUUGAAUUUAAAGACGAAGACAUAUGGCCAGAGUUCGGAUUAUCGUUACAAACCAUGCCAAGGGCGCACAUUCGAGCGUAUUUCGAGCGCGUGGUGAGCCUGCACAUUUGCAAUCCUGUUCUCGAUACUAGGUUUCCUUUUAUCAGCCACGGUGGUGCGGGAACGCAUUUCCCUUCACCAGCGCAUGACGCGUUGCCGAGCAGGUUGGAGCUCUUUCGGGGAACGAACGGCGUGACCUAUGUUCAUUCUGAUGAAGACUGGUUUGAUGUUCAUGAUAUCGAGGGGUACUUGAUCAGUGAAGGGAUUAGAUCGGGUGAAUACCCAUCGCUGCUAUCGUCAAUACCGUCGAUUGAGGAGACCGGAAGUUUGGCUUUGAAUGGAUCAGUACCCGGUACGAUGAAGGUUAUUGAUGAGUACAAGCUGAUCAGCACCGACUCCCAGUCGGGCUGGGCUGCGUGGCUGGCUUUCGCCGAUCUGAUGUCGAGAGAGUAG